AUGAAGGAUUCGUUGGUAAUGGAAAUUAAGCAUUACGUAAACGAAUAUGAAUUAAAAGGAAGACAAAUAAACAGCAUUUAUUUUGGAGAUGAAAAUGAUGAUUUAAUCAAUCAGAUGAACCUAGGUUUGGCUUUGCCAUCUACAUUCGACGCAGUCCUUCAAACUAUUUCUCGGUACUGUUAUUUACCUGAAAAUGCUGAGAUCACAAUGGAGGCAAGAGGGAAUCCAACAUCCACAGAGUCCAAAAAGCUCGCUGAAUUUCGUUCGAUAGGAAUUAAUCGACUUUCCCUUGGCCUUCAAUCUCUAAAUCCAAAGGAUUUGAGGUUAUUGGGUCGAGAUCAUACUGUUAAAGAAGGCAUUAAAUCAUUAGAGAUAGCCAUGCCGAUAUUCAAUGGAAACGUCACUUUUGAUUUGAUUUUUGGGAGAAUGAACCAAGAAAUGGCUUUGGAAAUGGCAUCAAAUCAUGUAUCCUUAUAUGAAUUGACUAUAAAACAAGGAACUCCGAUAUAUGGGGAUCAUAAAUUGGGCAAGUAUACAAUACCAACUACCGAUACCAUGGCCAACAUGUACGAAGUCACCAUUCAAGUGGCAAAAGAAUUUGGGUUUAAUCAAUAUGAAGUAUCAAAUUUCGAAAGGAAUGGAAGUUUUAGUAAGCAUAAUUUUGGAUAUUGGCGUGGACUCGAUUAUCUGGGUAUCGGACCAGGAGCUCAUGGAAGAAUCUACAAUCCAACAACCGCAACUAGGACAAGAACUUAUAAUAUAUUAUAUCCUGAAGAAUGGAUGUCUCAAUGUGAAGAACUAGGUCAUGGAAUGAGAAAAUCCACUCAAAUGACAAUUCAAGAUAUAAAGGAGGAAUUAAUACUAUUUGGACUAAGAACAAAGGUUGGAAUUACUCGAUCUAGAUUUAAGUUAUAUUCUAAUGGUCAGGAGUUGGAGCAGUAUAUUGAUAUGAAGCAAGUGAAUUCAUUUGUCCAGGAUGAAUUCUUGGCAUGGGAUAAUGGUAAUGAUUCUACGAGACAAAAACUGGAUAGCAAUGACCAAGUCUGGGUACCUUCUGACCUUGCAAAUGAAUUAAAAGAUGGUGGAUUAAGACCUACCGAAAAGGGAUUAGCCGUAAUAGAUGAAAUCAUUCCUAGAAUUCUUUUUUAA